AUGGCCUCCGACCUCCUCGAGCAGGCCACCGCCAUGGCCGACCUCGACCAGACCGAGAUCUGCCAGCUCAAGCAAGCCCUGGCGCAGGCGCAGGCCAAGAUCAAGCGCCUCGAGGAGCUCAAGGAGCUGGACCAGACCGAGAUCGUCAUCGCCCAGGCCCGCGUCGAUGAGCUGACCAAGCUCGUCGAGUCUCUCCAGGGGCAGAUCGGCUGUGCCGAAGAGGACAAAUCCCAUGAUGGUGGUGGAGUUCAACAGGAUCCCCAGACCAACGGCGUCCACGUCGACAUCCACCCCGACCUUGACUCCCCUGUCGAGGACGAGGGUGUCGGUAUCAAUCUCAACGGCUUGGACAUUGACGACACUGCUAAGAACGGCCAGCUCUCUGUCUCGGACAGCGGCUUUGAGGGGUACGGCUCCGAUGACGAUUCGGACUUCGCCUAG